ACCGGCGGAGGCUGGAGAGAGAGCCACACCGGCCAGAGACGCUCGUACGGCGGCUACACCGACUACCGAGAGCCGCUAGGUUCUGUAGAAGCGAUCCGAGCCGGAGCAGAGGAUCGAAAACCGGCGGCGGAGAGGAGAAAAACCGAGAGAUCGGAGUCGGAAGAGGCUGGAGGAAGAUUUAAAAAACCGGGAGGAGAAAAGGGGAAAGCAGUCGGAGGAAAAUAAGAAAAGGUUUCCCGUUUUUUCCUCCGUUCGCACGAUGUUUUCUCUUUCUUUCUGAAGGCGGUUCUGCUCGCACAAUGGAAGCGCCGAGGAGGACAUGAAGGACGAUCAAACAAAGUGAAGAACCGAUCCGAGCUGAAGAAGUGAGAGGAACAAGAGAGAAAGAAAGAAAGAGGGAGAAAUGAAGGAUCACGGGGGGUCAGGGCACCACAAAACACCAGGGCAUCUCCAUCUGAAGCCCCAAAAUGUUGGAAUUGUCUCGGAUUUGAUCUGAGGUCUUCAAACCAUCGAUGCAACUGCAUUCAAUCUCUCCCAUUUCAUCUCCAUCACUGAUUUCUCUUCUUCCUUCCUUCCUUCCUUGCUUGCUCCUUCGCUUGCCUCAUUGCUUGCUCGCUUUCUGCAGGAUCUCUCCUUCCAUGUCUUGCAUUUCCUCCUAAUUCCGACCAGAUUUCUUCUCGCCAGGUUUGGUCAACACUUGCAGGACAAAAGUGAGAAGAUCCAACGUCGCAUGCUUCGAAUUAAGUCCAGAUUCUUCACCAUCCAACGAUAAAACCGAACCGUCCAUAGCUGAGCGAAUUUGGACGAUUUUUUGGGUCUUUUUCCUAAUAUCGAGCCAUAAAUCUUGACCCGUGCGUGCAUGAACGUUACGUUUGGACGUUCUCUCCAAAGCAAUACAUAGGUGCAUCGAUAACCUCAGAGUGGAUUCCCACCAGUGCUUCCAACGAACUGAAGUCCAGAAACCCGAAUGUUAAUGGAGUUGGUGGUCCAUCCGAGUGGACGGUUCUUCUCGGCUGAGGUUUUCUGUACUGCAGAAGCACAAAUUCCAACAUCCACCACCUCAAUCGACCACGUCUAAAUUCUCUUUUACUGUUUUGUAAAUUGGUGAACUGUUAAUUAACUAUUGGCCCUUUGCACGUCUCGAAAAGUUCUUGGCUUUGGGUCUAAAUGAGGUGCCACAGACUGACGUUCUACAAGUGGAGAAGUUCUAGGUCUUGUUAGAACCUCAAACGACUCGGUUGACUUUCCUUUGAAUGUCCUUCGAUCGGAAUCCCGACAGACGAUGUCAGAAAGUCUGAGAAACGUCAGCCCAACGUCUCCGUCACCCAUGAUGCUUUGGGAGUGCACUUGAUCCAGAUCUGAGUCGUAAUUUUUUUCGGUUGGGGAUUUAUUUCGUUUCCCUCCAUGAAAGUGUUCUACGGCUCUGGAAUUACCCGGGCACUUAGGACGACUUCAGACAAAAGAGGUGGAAGAUCCUCGGCGGAGAUUUAUGUUUAAUAACUGGAACUGGCUUUAAAAAUAUGGCUGAUAAUGUUCUGGAUCCGGGGCCAUCUUCAGCCAAAAGGCCGAAAUUGUCUUCCCCGGCUCUGUCUGGUUCUACGAGCGACGCCAAUGACUUCGGUUCCCUGUUCGACCUGGAGCACGACCUCCCCGAUGAGCUCAUCAACUCGUCCGACCUGCCCAACGGAGGCUCGGACGUGUACCCGUCGCCCUCGCUGGGCUCCAUGCAGGACGCCGCCACCAAACACAAACAGCUGUCGGACCUCCUGUGUUCCUCCUCGCAGCAGCAGCAGGCGGGCAUGAUGCCACCGGCCGGCAUGAACAGGCAGAUGAUGACGGGUCAGGCCGCCAUGGGACAGGUCAAAGGCAUGAUGGCAGGGCAGGCCAUGAUGAACGGCAUGCCCAGGAUGGGUUACCCUAACCCCAACGCUAACGCCAACAUGAGUGCCAACAUGGUGAACCCUCUCCAGCAGCAGCAGUUCAGAGCUCAGCAAGCAGGAGGCGCUAACAAGAUGAACAUGAUGGGUGGUGCCGGCUCCGCCCCCUUCACCCCGCCCUACUCUCAGUGCGGAUCGUCUCUCGGUCCUGCUCUCCAGAAUAAAGCGCCUCAGAACCUCAACCAGUUCGGCAUGGAGAAGAAAACCCAGCCCGGUCCCAGCGUCCCUGGCAUGGCUGGAGCGCCCCCUGUGGCCGACCCGGAGAAGAGGAAGUUGAUCCAGCAGCAGCUGGUUCUGCUGCUACACGCCCACAAGUGUCAGCGCCGCGAGCAGAGCAACGGCGAGGUUCUACACUGCAACCUGCCUCACUGCAGGACCAUGAAGAACGUUCUCAACCACAUGACUCACUGCCAGGCCGGAAAAACCUGCCAGGUGGCUCACUGUGCCUCGUCGAGGCAGAUCAUCUCCCACUGGAAGAACUGCACCCGGCACGACUGCCCCGUCUGCCUGCCGCUCAAGAACGCCGGAGACAAGCGCAACCAGCAGUCUCUGUUGGUCGGGGCUGGCAUGUCCAUGGGCGGGUCCGUGGGCAGCUCUGCGCCCUGCACCCCUCCCUCGGCGGCCAGUCUGAACUCGACCGGUCAGAUCGACCCCAGCUCCAUCGAGAGGGCGUACGCCGCGCUGGGCCUCAGCUACACCGGCCAGUCGGGCCUGACCACACCAGGUGCUAAUCAGAUGGGUGUGAACGGCAACGGUGCUGGCGGCGGAGUCGGUGGCGUCCAGGCUCAAACCCAGCAGCACAACCUACUGCCGGAUUCGCUCCUACACCAAAACAUGAACGUGCACAGUCUGAUGAACGACGUCGGAGGGGCUCUGAGUUCUGUUCCUGUGGCCACGCCCACUUCGGCUGGGGUACGGAAGAACUGGCACGAUGACAUCACACAGGACCUGCGCAACCACCUGGUACACAAACUUGUUCAGGCGAUCUUUCCCACACCUGAUCCCGCGGCGCUGAAGGACAGGCGGAUGGAGAACCUGGUGGCCUACGCUCGCAAGGUGGAGGGAGACAUGUACGAGUCGGCCAACAGCAGGGCGGAGUACUACCACCUGCUGGCCGAGAAGAUCUACAAGAUCCAGAAGGAGCUGGAGGAGAAGAGGAGAACCCGACUGCAGAAACAGAACGGUCCUCUGUCUGAUCCGUCCCUCGUCCAGCCCACCGGCCCAAACCAGAUGGUCAACAGUAUACAGAGUGCUGCUGGUAUGAAUCAGUUCAGUCAGAUGGGGAUGCAGCAAAUGCCCAUGGGAAGCAACCUGAACCAGGGGAUGCAGGGAGCGCCGCGCAUGGCUCAACCCAACAUGGGUCAACCAAACAUGGCUCAGCCCAGCAUGGGUCAACCAAACCUGGCUCAGCCCAACAUGGUGCAACCCAACAUGGGCCAAUCAAGCAUGGGACAACCAAAUAUGGGCCAACCAAACAUGUCGCAACCCAAUAUGGGACAACCCAGUAUGGGAAAGCCCAGCCUGAAUCAGCCUAAUAUGGGACAGAUGCAGAACCAGUUCAUCCAGAACCAGUUUCCUUUAGCCACCUCUGGUCCUGUACAGAUUUCCACCUCGCCUUUGCUCGCCAGUCCGGCGGUUCAGACUCCGCCCACAUCCAACCUUCCUCCGUCUUCCCAACUCCAGACCCCGCCCAUGCGACAGGCCACGCCCUCGCCGGCCCCGUGCGUCACGCCCACCCCUCAUCAGACUCCGCCCCACCUCCCGGGCAGCCACACGCCUCAGCCCCACACGCCCAACUCUGGCGUCAUGGCUCCGCCCACCCCGCAGCAGCACCACCACCAGCUCGAUCGACCCACCCAGCUGCCCGCGCAGACCCACGAAGACUCCGCCUCCGUAGCAUUGGCCAUGCCUUCCCAGAACACACCGGGGCCGAACGCUCACCCGCACACCCCGGUCGGUAGCGUCGCUCCCGUCAUGUCCGACGGCCCGUCGCUCACCCCGGCCUCGGUCGGUCCGGCCUCGGCGCAGGCGAACUCCGUGAAGACGGAGGUGAAGAAGGAGGAAGAGGAGGAGAGCGAGGUGCAGGUCAAGGAGGAGGAGGAGGAAGAGGAGGAGGACAAACCCAAGAUGGACGUCAAGCAGGAGGGGAAGAGAGAGGUGAAACCAGAGAUUAAGAAGGAGGAGCCAGAGGGGGAGUCCUGUAAGGCGGAGCCCAUGGAGACGUCGUCAGGGGCGACGGAGGAAGACAAGAAGCCAGCCAUUAAAACCGAACCCAAAGAUGAAGAGGAGGAAAAAGAGAUCACAAAAGACUCCAGCGCCAGCAGCCCGGAGAGCAAGAAGAAAAUCUUCUACGCGGAGGAGCUGCGUGAGGUCCUCAUGCCCACUCUGGAGACCCUCUACAAGCAGGAUCCCGAAUCUCUGCCCUUCCGCCAACCCGUCGACCCCCAGCAGCUCGGCAUCCCUGACUACUUCGAGGUGGUGAAGAACCCCAUGGAUCUGUCCACCAUCAAGCGGAAGCUGGACACGGGUCAGUACCAGGACCCGUGGCAGUUCGUGGACGACGUGUGGCUCAUGUUCAACAACGCCUGGCUGUACAACCGCAAGACCUCCCGCGUCUACAAGUACUGCACCAAGGUAGCCGAGGUGUUCGAGCAGGAGAUCGACCCGGUCAUGCAGCGCCUCGGGUACUGCUGCGGACGCAAGCUGGAGUUCUCUCCUCAAACGCUGUGCUGCUAUGGAAAACAGCUCUGCACCAUCCCGAGAGACGCCGCCUACUUCAGCUACCAAAACAGGUACCACUUCUGCGAGAAAUGCUUCAACGAAAUCCAGGGCGAGAACGUUUCCCUGGGUGACGACCCCACGCAGCCGCAAGCAUCUAUUAAUAAAGACCAGUUUGAGAAGAUGAAGAACGACGCACUGGACCCGGAGCUGUUCGUGGAAUGUCUGGACUGUGGACGUAAGAUGCAUCAGAUCUGCGUCCUGCACAACGAGACGAUAUGGCCGUCAGGCUUCGUGUGUGACGCCUGUUUGAAGAAGUCCAACAAGACCAGGAAGGAGAAUAAAUAUGCAGCCAAAAGACUUCCUCAGACCAAGCUGGGGAACUUCCUGGAGACGCGGGUGAACGACUACCUGAAGCGGCAGAGCCACCCGGAGGCCGGCGAGGUCACCAUUCGGGUGGUGCACGUGUCCGACAAAACGGUAGAGGUGAAGCCGGGCAUGAAGUCCAGGUUUGUGGACAGUGGCGAGAUGGCCGAGUCCUUCCCGUACAGAACCAAAGCCAUGUUCGCCUUCGAGGACAUCAACGGCGUGGACGUCUGCUUUUUCGGAAUGCACGUCCAGGAAUACGGCUCCGACUGUCCCCCGCCCAAUCAGAGGCGGGUGUACAUCUCCUACCUGGACAGCGUGCACUUCUUCCAGCCCCGUCACCUGAGGACCGGCGUGUACCACGAGAUCCUGGUGGGCUACCUGGAGUACGUCAAGAAGCUGGGCUUCACCACCGGCCACAUCUGGGCGUGUCCGCCCAGCGAGGGCGACGACUACAUCUUCCACUGUCACCCCCCGGAUCAGAAGAUCCCCAAACCCAAACGGCUGCAGGAGUGGUACAAGAAGAUGCUGGACAAGGCCGUCGCCGAGCGCAUCGUGCACGACUACAAGGACAUCUUCAAACAGGCCACCGAGGAUCGUCUGACGAGCGCCAAGGAGCUGCCGUACUUCGAGGGCGAUUUCUGGCCCAACGUGCUGGAGGAGAGCAUCAAGGAGCUAGAGCAGGAGGAGGAGGAGAGGAAGCGCGAGGAGAACAGUGCUGAGAAUGAAACUGCUGAUGACACGAGCAGUGACAGCAAGAACGCCAAGAAGAAGAACAACAAGAAGACCAGCAAGAGCAAGAACAACACAAGUCGAGCAAACAAGAAGAAACCAGGCAUGCCUAACGUCUCGAACGACUUGUCCCAGAAGCUCUACGCCACCAUGGAGAAACACAAAGAGGUCUUUUUCGUGAUCCGUCUCAUCGCCGGGCCGACCGCCAACUCCCUACCUCCCAUCGUAGAGCCGGACCCCCUGAUGGCCUGCGAUCUGAUGGACGGACGCGACGCCUUCCUGACCCUGGGCCGGGACAAGCACCUGGAGUUCAGCUCUCUGCGACGGGCCAUGUGGAGCUCCAUGAGCAUGCUGGUGGAACUCCACAACCAGAGUCAGGACCGCUUCGUGUACACCUGCAACGAGUGCAAACUGCACGUGGAGACGCGCUUCCACUGCACUGUGUGUGAGGACUAUGACCUUUGCAUCGCUUGCUACAAAACCAAGGGUCAUGAGCACAAGAUGGAGAAGCUUGGUCUGGGCCUAGACGACGAGACCAGCAACCAGGCGACUUCGGCGACCCAGAACCCCGGAGACGCUCGCCGUCUCAGCAUCCAGCGCUGCAUCCAGUCCCUGGUUCACGCCUGCCAGUGCCGCAACGCGAACUGCUCCCUGCCGUCCUGCCAGAAAAUGAAGCGGGUGGUGCAGCACACCAAGAGCUGCAAGCGCAAGACCAACGGCGGCUGUCCCAUCUGCAAGCAGCUCAUCGCGCUGUGCUGCUACCACGCCAAACACUGCCAGGAGAACAAGUGCCCCGUGCCGUUCUGCCUCAACAUCAAGCAAAAGCUACGUCAGCAGCAGCUGCAGCAGAGGCUGCAACAGGCGCAGAUGCUGCGUAGGCGCAUGGCUAUCAUGCAGAGGUCUGGGCAGCCUCCCAUCGGGGGCGGUCCGCCGGGAGGAGGUCUUCCAUCGCCGGGAAACAACAGCACCACGGGUCGUAGCACGCCGACCUCGGUUGGUACGCAGCCUGCUACACCUCAGACACCCAACCAACAGAGUCAUACACCCCUACCUCAGACUGGCAUGGUGGGCAUGGCGGGCGCAAAUCCUCAGCUUCAGCAGCAACAGCAGGCCAACAUGCCCCCACAGCAUCAGCAGUUUCAGCAAAUGCAAGGUGGUCUGGGAAUGAUGAGCUCUCCCCAGCACCAGGCAGGACAGUCACCGCACCCCAACAGCGUGGCUCAGUAUGCCCCUCGACCUCCAGGUUCUUCUCCCCACCCUCAGCCCAUGGGCAAACCAGGCCUGGGUCCGGCGAGCCCUUCACCGCAACCUAAUGGUUCUGGGGUUGCUCCGAUGCCCCAACAGCCCCUCCAGCAGUCCCAGACACCCUCAGGUCCUCCUCCGGCAGCUGUGGAAACCGCAAUGAGGAUCCAGCAGAUGGCAGAUGCGCAAAGGAAGAUGGCUCAAGUUCAUCUGCUUCAGAGACAAGCUACCCAGGCAGGCAUGAUGCAACCUCACCCUCAUCACCAACAGCCCCAGGGGCAGAUGGGGAUGGCUCAUCCAGGCGUUGGUAUGGUAGGUGGAUCCGGGCUACCUCCCCAGACGCAAGCUACUGUGGCCAGAAACCAGAUGGAGCAGCAGCAGGGACCUCUGGGAAGAAUGGUAGGCCCAGGACCAGGCCCUGGCCCAAUGCAGCAGCAACCUGUACCGCAGGCUAACGUGCAGGCACAGCUCCCCUCGCAGGUGCAGCUGCAGCAGAGGGCCAACGCUCAGCUCCAGCCUCCUCAGCAGCAAUGGACGGGACAAGGGAUGCCGCCUCAGCAGAGAGCCCAAAUGAUGGGCCAGCCCGGAGUGGUAGCCAUGCAGCAACAAAUGCAGCAGCCGCAGCAGCAGCAGCAGCAAAUCACAAACAGCAAUGCCUUGAUGAACAUGGUGCAGGGCAGCCUGCAGGGCAGCCUGCAGGCCGGCGCCGCGGAUGGAGUGUCUGUCAGGAAUCUUCCUCAGGGAGCCCUGCAGGAACUUCUGCAGACGCUGCGUUCCCCGAGCUCACCUCAGCAGCAGCAGCAGGUUCUCAACAUUCUCCGCUCCAACCCACAGCUGAUGGCGGCGUUCAUAAAGCAGCGGCUGCACAGUUACAAGAGCGGGACAGGAGGUGCACCUGGGCCUCAGGUGAUGCCGGGGGCAAUGGGUGGCCCGCCGGUAGGAGUCAAUCCCAGUGGACUUCAGCCAGGCAUGAAUAUGGGGCAAGGGAUGAACAUGCAAUCCCAACUCGCCCAGCUCCAGCAGCAGCAGCACCAACAGCAGCAGAUGCAACAGCCACAGCGGCCCCUACUGCAGCAACAGCAAGUCGCGGGGAUGCAGCAGCAAGUCGCAGGGAUGCAGCAGCAAGUCGCAGGGAUGCAGCAGCAGGUCGCAGGGAUGCAACAGCAGCCGCAGCAAGGAAUGCCGGGCCAGGCACCUCCAAAGAUUGCCAACAUGAAUCCACAGUUCAGAGAGCUGCUGUUAAAUAGACAGAAGCAAAAACUUCAGCUUCAACAGCAGCAGCAGAUGGCGAACCAUGCCACAUUCCAACAACAGCAAGGGUACAUGGGUCAGCAAGGCAACAUGCAGGUCUCUACUGGGCCCCAAAUGCAACCAGGCGUGCCAGCGGGGUCCCAGCAACCCCAGCAACAGAGUUACCCAGGCAACCCUGGUCAACAACAAGCUGUAGGAGCCUUGCAGCAAAGGCUGCAACACCAACACCACUUACAGAUGCAGCAGGGGCCUGACGGCGGCGGUCCACAGAUGCAGCCGUCGCAAGGAGGGCCGCACCCUUCGCCGUCUCCAGCGCUGCUCCAGCAAGCGAUCCACCAGCGACUGCUCCAGCAACAGCAUCUGGGCGGAGCCUCUCCGGCCCAGCAGAACAAUCCCAUGAGCCCACAUCAGCAAAUGGCGCAGUCGCCGCACCUGCAGGGUCAGCCGCACCCCAACUCCCUCAGCAACCAGGUGCGCUCGCCCCAGCCCUCGCCCCGGCCGCAGUCGCAGCCGCCCCACUCCAGUCCGUCCCCGCGAAUGCAACAGACGCAGGCAGCUUCCCCGCAUCCCGCCCACCUUCAGCAGCAUCUACCCGGCAUGGCUCCGCCUCCUCCUCCUCCUGGGCCGCUCUCCCAGCAGCAGCAGAACGCCAUGGACCCCGGGAGGUUCGCUCCCGAUCAGAGCUCGAUGGCGCCGCAGCUUGGCGGCAUGCAGGGACUCCACUCGACGGGAACGAACGACAUGUUGCCCCCUAGUGGGCAGGAUCUUGGGGUGAACAUGUAACAAUUAGACAUUUUGUAGUGAUAGAAACCUUUUCAGACAGUGUUAGCGAUUUUUAUGAAUUAUUUAAUGUUUUUUCUCCUGUUUGAACAAAUUGAACUUGCUGCGGUGAGCAGGAAUUCAUUGUGAGGAUUAAGUACAAGAGAACACUAAAUUAUGUCUGGGGUUCUUUGUUCUUUUUUUUCCAUUUUUGUUGCCUUUUCUCGCCAACUGUGUACAAAGACGAACUCGUUUCUCCAGCUGGGAGAAAACAACACAGGUAAUAUUUUUUGGGACGGGGUCUGGGGGUGUAUUUACCUUUUUAAGAUCUAUUUUUAAAAUUUUAAAACUGUUAAAUUGUACUGAAUUCUUCAAUGCAAUGGGUUUUGUUUUAUAUAUAUUUUUGCUCCUUGAACCGGUCUGUUACUAUUUUUACACUCUGGAGUGUUACAAAUGUCAUGAUUACGAUUGUUUUUUUUAUUUUUAUUUUUAUUUUUUUUUGUGAAUGAUUGAUUAUUGGAACAUCAUGCAUAUCUUCCUUGAAAUGUCUGCAUUUGUUGCGAUGUUAUUUAUUUUCUUUUGCUCCCGGAGACUGCUACGACCAACCAUACGGCACCCGAGUCUGUCCCCGUGGAUGUCCAAGAGGGAUCCUAGACGUCCCGUCCGCCUCAGAAUUUACCAGUCCUGGCUUCCCUUACCAAAUCUCCGCGCUCUUGUUCCCGUCUCAUAUCGCUGGUCGCUCGCCUUCACGAGCUCGGUUGCCAGAUUUCAGCCGCGGAAGAAACAGACGAGAGGCGACUCCCGCCUAACCGCGUUCUCCCGAACACCCCGUAACGUAGCCUGACUUGUUGUUUCAAAACUAUGCAGCAACACACGAGUGGCGUGUCUGGACUUUAACCCGAAGAGCUGAGCUGAAACUCGGACUGUCCAGUCAAAGACCGGAGACCUCGCGACUUCGUUCGUAAGUGCCGUUGGUCCCAGCCGACUUUAGGUCAGCGCUGUUCUGUUUUGUCCUGUCACGAACUCUGAAACACAGUAUUGUAGGAUGAGACGUAGUGGUGUUGGCCAAUGGACCUCCUUUCUUUUGUGCCAUGUUUGUUUGAGAUGCCAAGCCAUCGUGUCCACGCGGACGCCCCUCACGUCCUGCCAUCCCCGUUUGUGUGUGUGACUGCCUGAAAUUAUGACACUGUCCAUCCACUCGCUCAUUACCUCCAGUCUCAGAAAUCUUUCAUCAUCGUGCUGAACUUUUGAAUUUGAUUUUAAUUAUUUUUUACUGUACAAAGGAAACACAAACUGUGGACUCCACACUGUUUUUCUAAUAAAAUGAAGAUGUUCAAA